GGCAGAUCCUAGGAUUCGACAAAUUAAAAUAAAGACGGGUGUAGUGAAGCGCAUCGCCAAGGAGAAAGUGGUGUAUGAAAAGGAGGCAGAGCAACAGAAGAAUAGGGUACAAAAGUUAAAGGACGAGGGUAAAGACGAACAUGACAUCAGAAAGCAAGAAGAAGUGCUCCAAGAGUCUCUGAUGAUGGUCCCGGACUGCCAAAGAAGACUUGUCAAAGCAUUUGCAGACUUAAAAAAUACUCUUGAAACAGAACAGGACCUCAAAGAGCACGAAGAUUAUAUUGCUGCCCAACAAGUGUUGAAAGACGCUGAGUGCCAGCUGCCCGAGCCUGUUUCGUCAUAAUUCUAGUUAUUGAUAUAGUAUUAUACAUAUAUUUUUUGCAAUCAUGUCGAAUAACCAUCACUUUUAUAAUAAUUUUCGUGGGAAUCACCAUACAUUCCAACCCAUGAGGCCGCCGGGUGUGGUGCCCCCGCCGCCGCCGCCGCCCCCUCGAUUAUUUUUUAUGCCGCCUCCUUCUCCGUCUGCACCCACAUUAGAAAUGUUAGAUAACGAGUGCGCAAAAGAGAUGGAAAGAAAAUUACCAAAAGUUCCAAUAAAAAGAAAAACAAACGCAGUCUCAAUAUCUGAAGUCCGUAGUAAACUUCGAGACUUGAUUUUGACUCUGAAUGAUUUGAGAGACAGAGAAAAUCUUCUAACUGACAAGAUAGACUCCUGUUCAGAUGAGGAAUGGAGGUCAGAACUUGAAGAGGUGAAGUUGAAGAAGGCAUUUGUUAGAGAAUCACUUUCAGAAAUUAAAACUACUUACAUGAGUAAUCUAGGAAAGGCUAUAGCAAAGAGAACUGCUAAAAGACAGCGCUUGAAGAGACGUAACAUAGAACUAAAGAGGGCUAAAGAAGAGAGAAUCAAAGAAUUAGAAGAGAAAUCGAGGAAGAUUGAUGAGAACUUGCAGAAGAUAAAGGAUGCUGUUGUCAAGGCUAAAGAGGAAGAAGAAGCAAAACUUCAAGCUGAUGUAAUCCUGAAAGAGGUGUUACGGAAGAAACAUAAUGCCAAGAAGUUCAUAGCUAAACUGGAUGCUUUAAAGAAAUUGCGCAAAGCAAGAAUGAACACAGCCAAAGGUCGAGGGGAAAAUGUUUCAGAAAAAGAAGCAGAAGAAUUUGAUGGCAAAAUUGAUAAACUAAAGUUGCUUUGGGGCCAAAAACUAAUCAGUUAUGAAAAGGAAGAACAAAAUCUCCGCGAUAAACUGAAGCAAGACAGUGAUGAGCAGAAAGCCGCCAAAGCUAACGAAAUGGAGAAGCAAAUGACUUCUAAUUUGAGAAAGUGGAAACGAGCUCUCUUUGGGGACUCCACUGCAAACCCACAAGUGGACUUCAAUGGGCAUGCGGAGAGAUUUGUUGCCGUCAGAUGCCAAUGGGAUCAAUUCCUGGACAGUACAGGGUCCCCUCUUCCUGUUGGCUGGGUGGUGCCAGCGAAGCCAGCAGACUCAUAGAUUUCCUAUUUACUACUGGCCAUCAAGUACCCUUUCAAAUACAAUAAAAUUGUUUACUGGUAUGCGCGAAGUAAAACGAGCGCCCGCGCUAUGGUCUGACGAUUUUAUAAGGAGGCUUAUUGUAUGUGGUGAGCUCUUUCUUAUAUUUUCCUUUGUUUGCCAAGUAUGUCAACCUGCUAUAGUUUCAACGGUUGAUUUGAUACUUAUGCUCAGGACAAAGUCCAACACAAAGACUAGAGAUUCAUCAUUUUAUGGUAGAUUCCAUUUAUUAAGGUGUCAAUCUUCAUUUUAUACUACCUUCAGUUCUCUAUGCUUGUUAAAAUAUUGAUUGAAUGGUGAUAUCCUCUAUUGAUUGUAAAGUAUUAUUU